GUACUGUCCCACCGCGCACGACAGCGGUGACGCUCGCCAGUUUUUCUACCCCUCUUGCACUCACGACGCUUUCCAGGACGUUCGGAACCUAUUCACUAACCAGAAGGCAGCUUGCUGUUCCUAACAGUGUGCUCGUAAACGCUCAGCACCGCAAGCUAUAUAAAACCGCUAGUCUGUCGCCGUCGGAUGGAAUGUCGUGACGUCUCGCACGACCGCAUUGGCCUCCCUGAACGAUGCACGACUCUGUGAAGACUCCAAGUACGGGGCAAAUACCAAAGCAUGGCAAGCAUGGCAGAGCCGAAUAGAGGACCUUCGGUUUUGAUCGUGACCACUUUGUUCUGUGUGCUUGCUACGAUUUUUGUUGCGCUACGCAUGAUAUCCAGGAUCGGCAUAGUCAAGAAGGUUGACCCAGACGACUAUGUCAUGCUUUUGGCCUGGGUCAUUGCCUUUUGCCUCUCCUUUUCGAUAUGUUAUGGCACGGCCUAUGGACUCGGGCAGCAUCAGAGCACUAUUCCUGCUUCUCACAUGGGAAGACUGAAGAGAGCCGAGUACGCUUUCUCGGUCCUCUAUAACCCUUCGCUCAUGGUGACAAAGACAUCGAUUUUACUAUUCUACCUGAAGCUUGGCGCGACGGAGCUAAUCUUCCGAUGGGCGUGCUACGCGACUCUAUCCGUGGUCAAUCUCGCCGGCUUAGCAUUGACAUUCCUCAACAUCUUCCAGUGCAGACCGAUUGGCGCGGUGUUUAAGACACCAGUGCCCGAAAAUGCAUACUGUGAAAACAUUGUAACUCUGUACUUGUCUUCAGCGCCUGUCAACAUCAUAACAGAUCUGGCCAUUCUUUUCCUUCCGAUGCCCAUACUGACAAGUAUGCGCCUUCCUCGGAAGCAGAAGAACAUCCUCAUCGUCACCUUUAGCGUUGGCUUCUUUGUUACUGUGAUCGAUGUCAUUCGCAUAGCGUACCUUCAGGACGCCGCAACGGCCAGAAUUCAGGCCUUGCUAGCUGGUGGUGGAAACGACCCAGGCCAAAGAAACAAUUCCGACAUCUCAUGGUAUGCCUCGCUCUCAUUCAUGUGGUCUGGCGUCGAAGCCAACAUGGGAAUUAUGUGCGGAUGUGUCCCUAUGUUGAAACCACUGGUCUCUCGGUUCAUGCCGCAACUACUUCGCGACAUCAACGUCAAGAAUUUGUCGAACUCGAAAUCACGUCUGGGUAGCGAGAACAAAAAUGACUCAUCGAACGGAGCAUCUUCUCGCGCUGCCAACCUCGCUGAAAUCAUGCAGCCUAAGGAGCUACAUCUAGAGCCAGCGGAGGCCAGCUGUUCGUCAACCAGUCAUGGCGCUGGCGAGGAAAUAGAGCCGGCAAUAGGUGUCCUAGAUUUUCUCACCACGCCCGAGAUGAAAGAGCUUCCCCAGAGAGACGUAACCAACUCUGGCGCGAUCAAAAACCCUGUCACUCGCAAUGACUACUCCACCUUUUUCGACUUCGUGAACAUGCAACAGCGAAAAAGCUUGGUCGAAAUGACUCUUCGCGAAUCACUCUUUCCCAAUAUCAUGGUUACCAUCCUCUUCGUGAUCUGGGGUGUUGCAUAUGGCUUCCUUGACACGCUAAACACACAGUUCCAACAGUCGGCCAACAUGACGCCUGGUCAAACCACCGCUCUUCACAGUGCGUACUUUGGGGGAUACUUCGUUGCUCCACUCACGUUUGGCCGACUGUGUCUCAAAAAAUGGGGCUUCAAAGCAUGCUAUAUCGUUGGCCUGUGCACAUACGCUUGUGGGACGCUGGUAUUCUGGCCUUCUGCCGUUCUUACUUCUUUUCCUGCCUUUCUUGUGUCCAAUUUUAUCGUUGGUAUGGGUCUCUCAACACUCGAAAUUUCAGCGAACCCGUUCAUCGCGCUGUGCGGGCCUCAAAAGUACAUGGAGGUCCGUUUAAAUCUGUCCCAAAGCGUUCAAGCCGUUGGGACGGUCGUGUCACCGCUGCUAGCUCAAAAAGUGCUCUUUAAAUCUGCCACAAAUGCUUCUAGCCUAGUGGACGUUCAGUGGACGUACCUUGGCAUUGCUCUCUUCUCCAUACUCCUUGCAGUGGCGUAUUUCUACGUUCCUCUUCCCGAGGCUACCGACGCCCAGCUCGAGCGUGCUCAAGCACGUCGCUCAGACUAUGCGAACAUUGCUUCCAUAUCGGGUGUGCGCAUCCUAUGGAUCUCUCUCACUCUCGGUGUCCUCAGCGAAUUUGCAUAUGUCGGUGCUCAGGAAAGCGUCUCAACGUCGUUCAAUGCGUUUUACGCGGAGGCAUUUCAUUCCCACAAUAUGGACACGACGUCCUGGCUUGCUAUCGCUCACACAGCAUUUGCCGUGAGCCGGUUUCUAACCGCGGGAUUGAACUGCUUCAUCAAAGCACGAUACCUAUUACUGUUCUUUUAUGCCGCUGCUGUUGCUCUCUCGGCCGUGUGCAUGACGUAUAGCGGUGUCACAGCGCAGACAGCUCUCAUACUUCUCUUCGCAUGCGAGGGUCCAAUAUUCUCCAUUAUUUUCGCCAGCUCGCUGCGCGGCUUAGGGAAACACACCAAAGACGCUUCUGCCCUCAUAACAGCGGCCAUAUCUGGUGGUGCGAGCUGGCCACCAAUCAUGUAUGGAAUUGCUACAAAGACACAUAGAAGUUACCAAUACGGGUACUGCGUCAUCAUUGCGGCAUUUGCCACAGGAAUGCUUCUGCCCAUCUGGCAGAAUAUACACCCUGUAGCGCGCAAACUAGCGGACCCAAUGCCAGACGACGAGGACUUCAUGAUGCCAGUUCAUUCUUCGAGUUCGGGAAUGAGAAGUUCAAGCUUCUCAAGGCCAAAGGCUAUCUUCAAGAAUAGAAGAAGAAAAGAAGGGAUUUCGGGUGUGGAGCAUGUUGAGGAAGUGCAUCGUCAUGGUACUCUUUCUAGAGAUCUACCACACAUUGGUAUUCUGCCUGGCACGCCAUGAUGGAUUUGGAUUACGUGGCAUGCUUAAUGAGCGAUUCUUUGUAUAUACGUUUGCAAGAUACCCGACCUUAUUGCAAUAGUCAAGAACUCAUAGCACACUGCCUUUUUUUUUCAAAGCUAUACAUGGAUACAAAACAAGACGA